CCCUCCCUCCCCCGCCGCGGAGACAGGGGGCAGCGCCGAGAGGAGAACCGGGCUCAGCGUGUGUGUGCGCGGGAGGAGGAGGAAGAGGAGGGGGGACACACCGAGGACUGCGCCGGCCGAGGGCGCACGGAGCAGGGAAGCGGCGGCACCGAGAGGCGGCGGCGGGUCCUUGUGCCCGGAGAGGAGGGCGCAGCCUGCACGGGGGGUUCUACCGAGUUUCCCCCUUUUUUUUUUGCUCCUUCUUCUUUUUUUUGUUUUUUUUUUUCUUUUUUUUUCUUCUUCCCUGGGACUCAGCGGCGGGUCUGCGUUUGUCUCCGGAUUUGAAUCCUCCUCCUUCUCCUCCUUCCUCGGGGAAGCUCCCCUCCCCGCCCCCUCCCCUCCCCCACCGCCUCCCUGCCCGCCCGGAUCCAGCCGGGCGCCCCGUGCCGCGGUCGCGUUGCUCGGCAGAGCUGCUGCGAGCGCUCGCCGUCUCUGCGCGGGCUUGGAAUAUGGUUGGGGAAAUGGAAACCAAGGAGAAGCCGAAGCCGAGCCCCGAUUACCUGAUGCAGCUGAUGAACGACAAGAAGCUGAUGAGCAGCCUACCCAACUUCUGCGGGAUCUUCAACCACCUCGAGAGGCUGCUGGACGAAGAAAUUAGCAGAGUACGGAAAGACAUGUAUAACGACACAUUAAAUGGUAGUACGGAGAAGAGAAGUGCAGAAUUACCAGAUGCUGUGGGACCUAUUGUACAGUUACAAGAGAAACUAUAUGUGCCUGUAAAAGAAUAUCCAGAUUUCAACUUUGUCGGAAGAAUCCUUGGGCCCAGAGGACUAACAGCUAAACAGCUUGAGGCAGAAACAGGAUGCAAGAUAAUGGUCCGAGGGAAGGGCUCAAUGAGGGACAAAAAGAAGGAAGAACAGAAUCGAGGCAAGCCCAACUGGGAACACCUGAAUGAAGAUUUACAUGUACUUAUCACUGUGGAGGAUGCUCAAAAUAGAGCAGAAAUAAAGCUGAAGAGGGCUGUUGAAGAAGUAAAAAAGUUACUGAUACCCGCAGCAGAAGGAGAAGACAGCCUUAAAAAGAUGCAGCUGAUGGAGCUUGCAAUUCUGAAUGGCACCUACAGAGAUGCCAACAUCAAAUCACCAGCCCUUGCCUUUUCUCUUGCAGCAACAGCCCAGGCUCCAAGGAUUAUUACUGGGCCUGCGCCCGUUCUCCCACCAGCUGCCCUGCGUACCCCUACGCCAGCUGGCCCUACCAUAAUGCCUUUGAUCAGACAAAUACAAACCGCUGUCAUGCCAAACGGAACUCCUCAUCCCACCGCUGCAAUAGUUCCACCCGGACCCGAGGCCGGUCUAAUUUACACACCAUACGAAUACCCCUACACGCUGGCACCAGCUACAUCAAUCCUUGAGUACCCUAUUGAACCUAGUGGUGUAUUAGGUGCGGUGGCUACUAAAGUUCGAAGGCACGAUAUGCGUGUCCAUCCUUACCAAAGGAUUGUGACCGCAGACCGAGCCGCCACCGGCAACUAACCUAUGACCUUCUGACCUCUGAACUCUUCACCCAAUGAUGACCUGACCAUGCCUGCCUGCUGAUCAGUUAACUGGUAAACGCCUUUGCUUGCCUGUCUUCAGUGCAGCGAGCUGGGGCACUUGUCCGUUCGUCUUACCAUCUAACAAAACAGACAAAGAAAUUGUUGUCCUCCAACUCCGCUUUUUGUUGUUCUCCUGUUUGGGUGAAAGUGGUUCUAGAACCUGCACUGAAUAGUAGUAAAGCAAUAAGGUCCAACUCAUCCCUCCGCACUGAUCAUCCUCUAGUGUCCCGCCCCAAGCGAACGGUAAGGAGGCCUCGCACGAGAUGGAGACAGAUGUCCCUUAACUACCCGAUGACAGAGGCAGUUACUGUGAGAGACUUCUAGGAAUAUUUUUCUUCUCAGAAAAAAAAAAAAAAAAAUUAAAAAAAGUCAAAGCUCUCUCUGAAUGUACUGUGUGAUGAUGCAUCAUGCAUGAACCUUUGGUCAGGGACGUCAUUGGGGAAGGGAUUCCAAAAAGUAUUCAAAAUUUGAUAUGCUGUUUAGUCACUACCAGUGCCCUCAAAGGGCAGAUGUUGCAGCCUUUUUUCUAUUGCCUGCCAAAUUGGAUGUUUUCAAGGAAAGUGUGCCAUGAAAUGCAGAUUACGAUGACUUUUCAGAACUACAUUAAUGCAGAGAACAAAACAGCAACACUAUUAAAGUGAAAUAAAAGUUGAAAUUAUUUUAACCAUAUUUUAAUCUCCUUGGAAGAUUACAUGAGAACAAGGUACAUGCAUUAUGUGUCACAUUACUGGGCAAACUGUUCAAAUAUUUUUUUUAAACCUCCCUGUAUAGAAAAAAUUUCAUUAAGGAUGUAAAAGCCAUGCUUGCCUAUUUGCUGUAUACAUGUAAUGAAAUUGUAGAUAAAGUGUAGUGCAUUGAAACAAAAUGAACAAAAAAGUAGAUACUUUUACUAUACAAGGGUGCUGGUGCAGAAAAAAAAAUAUAUUUUUGGAAAUGUAGCAUUUUAUACUUUCAAGUGUUAUAAAAAAAAAGAAAAAAAGAACAAAGAAACCCUUUAUUUCAUUAAAUGAUUUUUUCUGGUGGUUGUCAAGAAACAAAAGACCAAAAGAGCCUUUUAGUCUUUCUUUUUUAUUUUUUAAGUAUUGGAAUAAGUCUAAAGAAAAGGAAGUGCCUUAUUUUCUUCAUGGUCAUUUAGUCAAAUGUCUUGUAUAAUCAGCUUCUCCCUCAGACAAGUUACUGCAUGCCACUCAGUCGCCCAGUAUGUGAAAGAAGCUGUGAGGGAAGACAAAUGAUGAGUUGACCAUAUUAAUUACCUGAUUUUUGCCAUACUAGUGUGAUGUGACUUUGCCAAAAUCUCAUUAAGUGAAGUAUUUGCUAAGUUUUCAUCAAACCAGCCCAUUAUUAUUUCAACCCCUCUACUUUUUAAAUCAGCAAAUGCCGUACUUGUGCAACAUAAACCAAAGGGUUCUGUGAUACAGACUUGUCUCAUGCUAAAGGAGAUUAUUAGCUGACAGAUGUUUGUAGACCUGGGAGUUAUGUCAUUUUUGUUCAGGGAUGGAGAUGAGUUUUCUUGAUUUUGGUUGAAAUAAAUAUUACAUCAACUGUCGUAGGCUUCGGCAUCACCCAGAAAAUGGAUGUUCUGCAGAUAAUGAAACUGAAAGUGCUUAGCAAGUUUCCAGUCAGUAACUGAGCACAUCCCAAGUUUCCAGGAACAGCUCAUGCAGUGACAAACAGCAGGGAAGUUACUUUUCAGCUCGUCUUUGACUAUUGUUAGAUCUGGCCCAUUGGCUUUUCUUCAAAAGAUAAGCAGGAGAGGGACUUCAGCCAUUUGAAGUCCAGCUAUACCUUAUUUUUAACCCUUGCUUCCACAUGAGGUUCAAAUAGCUGGGCAAUUGCAAGAGCUGAAGCUGUUGAACGCACAGUAUUUUGUUCUGAAAACAUUAAGUAUUACUUUGUGGGGCUCAGUACUAAACUUGGCAAAUAUCAGGUGAUAAUUUUAUUCCCCUCAUGUCAACUUAUUCUCCUCCUGCAAAUCUUCACAGCUUCCAAAUGAAAGGUCAAUAGUAAGCUAAGAGGGCUUACAUUUUUAAGCACCUGCAUGGUGACCUCAUCUAACAUCUUGUCUCACCUGGAAAUAAUUAUCAGUUUAUUUACUAUGCAAUAGACAUUCAUCCUUUCGUGCUCAGCUAGAUUUUUGUUUAUUGUGCCACCGGCUUUGUCUUCCUGUUACACACACAGUUGUGUUGAUUUUAUUUACAGUAUAUGCUGUGCCAUUUUGAUUUUAUUUUGGUUGGUUGGUUGGUUGAAUAAACUUGCGACACUCGAACAUUUGAAGAGAGAUUUGCUAAAACAAUACCAGUAUUUGAUCCAGUUUCAUCUCAACUACGAUAAAACCUGGAUGCUUUAGACAUUUAUCAAAGGUCUUUUACUGGGGGGGAAGGGGAAAUGUAUGGAAUAGAUGUGUGACAUGUGAAAGUAAUGUUUGCUCUGAACAAACUUCUGAAAACUUAGUUGACAAAAUUUUGGAUCAACUUAAAAAAAAGCAUGACUUUUGAAAUCUCUGAAUGCCUUGGUUCUCAGUAUUAUCAUUCUUUAAUGACUUUUUCUUUAUUAAAAUAAGUAGUUUUAAGACUUCUUUCUGACAGUAUUAUGUAAUUUUUUAGAGUGGGUAGAUGGGAGUGUCGCUUGUAUGUAACCGUACAGAUGACAUGUAUUUGUCUAUUCUUUAUUAUCUUAGUAGUUUCAUGCUAUGUAUGUACCAUAACCAACCUAUUGCCUAUGAGAAACAUGUAAGAUAAUGUAUUUACAGCCAUUGUUACAAGUUUAUAAUGUAUUUUUCUAUCUUGUUUUAUAUGUAUGUUAUAUAACAUUCAAAAGAAUUUUUUUCCUGAUUGAGAAAAAAGGAUACAAAAUGCAAAACCCACAAUUUUGAUAACUGAAAAAUUGCCAAUUGUUUUGCAGUACUUUAUUAUAUUGGGAGUGUUGUCUUUCUUGGGCUUUUAGUUAGCUACUGGAUGAAUACAUUAGACAUAUUUGGGUUUUAGUUGGGUUUUUACAUAGCUUGCAUUUUAAUUCUUUGGUUCUUUGCUGUUUCUAUUAACCCAUAGCAUUAUUUUAAUAAAUGUUAUAAUACCAACC